AUGAUACUGCGACACAAGAGAAGCCCGCAGCAGCUGCAGCAGCAGCUGCUGCUACUAUUGUUGCUGCUGCUAGGGCAGCAGCAACAGCAGCAACCAUUCGCGUAUGGAGGGGAGCUGCAAAGAGCUGCUGCUGCAGAUGUUGUAGAGGCGGAGUUGCUGCCAACUGCGGGGCUUGGCCUCUCACAGGCUGCCGCUGCUGUUGAUGAUGCUGCUGCUGCAGCAGCAGCAGGCGUAGCAGAGACUGGAGCAGCAGCAGAGACUGCAGUAGCAGCAGAGACUGGAGCAGCAGCAGAGACUGCAGUAGCAUCAGAGACUGCAGCAGCAGCAGAGACUGCAGCAGCAGCAGAGACUGCAGCAGCAGCAGAGACUGCAGCAGCAGCAGAGACUGCAGCAGAGACUGCAGCAGAGACUGCAGCAGAGACUGCAGCAGAGACUGCAGCAGCAGCUGCAGCAGCAGCUGAAGAGGAGAAGAGAGAAAUCGAUACGUCACAACUCCCUCCGGCUGAGGAGACACUAUUGGAACUACCAGACAGCAGCAGCAGCAGCAGCAGCAGCAGCGGCAGCAAUAACAGCAACAGCAGCAGCAGCAGCAACAGUGGAGAGGCUGGUGGUGUCUCCGCUAAAGAAGAAGAAAUAAAAAAAGAAAAAGGAGACAAUUCAGCUGUACAUACACCGCAAGAUUUGCUGCAGAUGCGCCACGUACAGCCAACAGCAGCAGCAGCAGCAACAACAACAGAAACAGAAACAGCGACAACAAAUAUAACAGCAGCAGCAGCCGCAGCAGCCGCAGCAGCAACAGCAGAAACAGGAGAAACAACAACAUCAACACCAGCACCGACAACACAAGCAGCAACAACUGCAGCAGCAGCAGCAGCAACAGCAACAGCAGCAGCAGCAGCAGCAGAAGAAGAAGAGAUAGAGGAGGAGAUAGAUUUUAGCAACGAUUUUUUCGACUUAGCCAAUUUUUUCUUCUUUGAAUGGGGAGACCCAACUGGUGGAUGUGUAGAAUAUUUAAAUAAACAAAAUGCAGAAAAAUAUAAUUUAAUUAAGGUCCUUUCUGAUCAAAGAAUUCAAAUUCUCUCUGAUACAACAGAGACAUUACCAAGUGGUAAAGGGAGAAAGGCUAUUAGAAUUACUUCACAAAAAUCAUGGAAUGAUGUGUUGUUUCUCUGUACUACUAUUACUAUUACUAUUACUAUUACUAUUACUAUUACUAUUACUAUUACUAUUACUACUACUAUUACUAUUACUAUUACUAUUACUAUUACUAUUACUAUUACUAUUACUAUUACUAUUACUAUUAGUAUUAGUAUUAGUAUUAGUAUUAGUAUUAGUAUUAGUAUUAGUAUUAGUAUUAGUAUUACUAUUACUAGUGGUGUUGGUGUUGGUGUAUGUGUGGUUAUUUUGUAG